AUGAUAAAAGUCUUAGAUCUCUCUCAUAAUAUUUGUGACAACGUUGAUGACCAAUUUUUCAAUAAUUUUCCAUCUUUGAAAAGGUUGAAUAUUUCGCACAAUAGACUACACCCAAGUUUUUAUAAAGACAUUAACGGAUUGAUAUUUAGAAAUCUAAAUAAGCUUACUCACAUAGAUAUAUCUUUUAAUACUUUAUAUUCAUUACCCAAAAACAUAUUUCAAGGACUGGUCAACUGUCAAUAUUUGGAUCUUAGUUAUAAUUUAUUAGGAAUCUUCUAUGUUGAGUUGAAACACAUGCAGAACCUUUCUUUCAUCGAUAUUUCCAACAACUAUAUUCAAUUUAUCAAUAUAACUAUGCAACAUGAACUUGAAGGAGUCGGUGGACGAUCUGGAAAAUUAACUGUUGAUCUUUCUAAUAAUCGGUUAUCUUGUAUUUGUGAACAUGUUCCAUUUCUCAAUUGGCUGUGGAGUGUCCAAAAUGUUACUUUCCGAAACAAAUUGGAUUAUAAAUGUGCCUAUACCAACGGCACAGUGGUGGCUUUAAAACACAUGAACAUGAUCAUGAAUGAAUUUAGCAUAAACUGCAGGUCCCACCUUCCCGAUUUCAUUAAUUGUGUCAGUGUAACAAUAAUUAUCAUUUGUUUAAUUAUUGGGUGUUUGGUGUACAGACUACGAUGGAAACUGCGAUACUUAUAUUACGGAACACGGAGUUACCACCAGAUUCAUACACAAAACGAUGAGUUCUUUGAAUUUGAUGCCUUUAUUUCUUAUGCUGAAGAUGACAGAUUAUUUGUGGAUCAAAUGAGAUUAAAAGUUGAAGAAGAAGCUGGAUUAAAACUUUGUCUCCACAACCGGGAUUUUCUUCCUUCCUUACCGAUUGCUGAAGGUAUAGUUACUGCUGUUAAGACGAGCAGAAAAACGGUUCUUGUAAUGAGUCCAGAAUUUGUUGAAAGUUACUGGUGUCUUUAUGAAAUGAAUAUGGCAGACAUGGAAAGUAAGCAUACUGGGCGAGAUGUGUUAUUAAUAUUACUUUAUAAAAAUAUUAAACGUGAUAAAAUACCAGCAACUGUCAUGUAUCAGAUUAAAUCACAUACUUAUAUUGUAUAUCCUAAUACAAACGAUAAUCCACAUGAAAUGAACACGUUUUGGGGAAAAUUCAAGCAAGCAAUCAACAGACCUUAG